AUGAAGUCUGUAAUUAUUCUGGCCCUUUUCGUUGCUUGUUCCUCUGCGAAAUCGUUGAACCCGAAACAGUCACCUAUCUCUACAUAUGGCUACCUGACCAAAUAUGCCGUGCCUCUUGCAGAGAGUCUCAAGAAGGCUGAGGAAGAGAUCCUGAGGAACAGGGCUUCAAGAAUAACAGGAGGAUCUGAAGCUGAAGAGGGACAGUUCCCAUACCAGGCUGGUAUUAUCUCGGAUAUACGUAACGUAUUCGGGAUUGGUGUUUGUGGCGGGAGUCUUAUUAAGGCUGACCGAGUAUUGACCGCUGCGCACUGCUGGUGGGACGGUAGGAACCAGGCUUGGAGAUUCACUGUGGUACUCGGAUCUAAUCUGCUAUUCAGUGGUGGAGAGAGAAUCAUCACCACAGACGUUGUAACUCAUCCUCUAUGGAUACCGCAAUUAACCUUCAAUGACAUAGCCAUGGUCCGCCUACCAGAACCAGUAGAGUUAUCAGCAAAAAUCGCAACAGUCUCCUUGCCUCAAGGUUUCGAUAUAUUUGAAGAUUUCCACCUUCACACUGCUAUCGCGUCCGGUUAUGGCGUUAAGAAAGAUGGUGGCAAUAUAACUGAGACUCAAAACUUGAGUCAUGUCAGCAUGACGGUUAUUUCCAACGAGGUAUGCGAUAUAGCGUACUUGGGUAACAUCCACUACUCAAAUCUUUGCACCAACACCCUCGGUGGUUCAAGUACUUGCAAGGGUGACACUGGCGGACCACUCGUCGUCAUGAGAAAUGGAAAUCCCAUGCUGAUUGGUGUGUCAUCAUACACUGUAGCCCUCGGUUGCGAACUUGGUUGGCCAGCCGUGUUCUCCAGAAUCACGUCCUUCCUCAACUUCAUUAAUACUAAUUAA